AUGGGUCUGAAGAAUAAAUGGGAUAAACGAACACAUCAAAGACAUCACAAACAAUCGAAAUACCUCAGAGAAGAUGAUGAUCCUAGAUCUCCCAAGACAGCAAGAUCACCAGUAUACGAUGGCUACAUUACUCCCUCAAGCUCUGAAGGGCGAUACAUAGAUAAUUCCACCGACUCAAGAGAUUCUAGGGACGUAGUAGUGUCGUCUAGCUCUGAUCGAUCGGACUACUCGGGGUAUUCGGGUUUGUCUUCCGAUAGCAGUGACCAUUCGAUCUCUGCUCCACAGAUGAGGAGGACAAGGGGAAGGAGAUAUCAUUCCAGUGAUGCUUCUUCAUAUCCAGAGUCCGUCACUUCUAACUCAGAAAGAGAUGGAAUAUCGAGUAGCUCAAGAUCAUCAUCUUCCAUCAGCACAGGCAGCCCUAUAUCGCCCAGACAACUCUAUCCUGUAUAUGAAAGGUCCUCCCACUCUUCCGUCAGCUCACCAAGCAAUAGCAGGGGGACUCUAUCGAUCUCAGAGGGGAUGACAGGAUAUUCAGAUGAAUCAUCCCCUAUCACGAGAUCCGACAGAAUGCAUGUACCGCCGAAAGGCAGACAUGAAAGAAAAGCCGAAUCUGACGUCUCUGUACAUUUCGAUCGUUCACCGACUUAUUCCAAGAGGCCAAAAUUCAUGGCUUUGAUUGGAAAAGGGUUAGACAAGGUCGCUCAAACUGUUGGUGCAAGACGAUAA